AUGUCAGGAGGUCAUAGCCAGUCAAGUGAUAUUGCUGUACUUCUACGUUCUGGACUAACUGUACCAAUGGCUAUGUUAUUUAAUUUUGUUUCUGCGUGUUCAGCAUAUAUAGGAUUGUUUGUUGGUUUAUCUGUUGGUGAUCUAAAUGAUGUAGCACCGUAUGUGUUUGCUUUAACCGGUGGCUUCUUUAUGUAUAUUGCUCUUGCAGAUAUGCUUCCAGAAAUGCGUGCUAUGGAAGAUGCAAAACGAAUAGAGAACGGUAAUUGUUGGGCAAUGUUUCUCACAAAUCUUAUUGGUCUUCUCUUCGGUUUUGGCUGUAUUGUGACAAUUACAUUGACUAGUCAAUAUAUAAAUAUUUAA